UUGAAACCAGCUCUAUAGAAGUUAACCUAGUUAAGGAAAGUUCGUCCAAUAACCUCAAUAAAGGAAAAAGUCCUGAAAUUAUCACUUCAACUUCUUCAAUUUCUGAAACUACUGCGCCUAAACCAACAGUUAGUAUCGAUGAGUCUUUCAACAUGUCAGAAAAUAUCUUAGAUACUUCAACUAUCGGCUUUGAUGCUCGUUACUAA